AUGUCUGGUGUUAUGGAUAUUAAACAUUUAUUAUGCCAACCUUGUGAACCAUAUUCAUCAAAAUCCAAUUAUUUCGAUUUGGACAUCUACCGACCGGUUCCUGUGUACACUGAAGAUCUUGAACUCUAUCAACCUUCUCAAUCGAUCAGCAGUACGAGUAGCAGUCUCUGUAGCUCACCCUCUGAACCAUCUCCUUCUUCUUUUCAUAAACGUGUAAACGGUGAAGCUUAUUACCGUUAUGUCAAAGACGACAGUUUCCUACUUCAAUCCCCUCCUUCUCCUCAACGUAGGUCAACAUCCACAACUUACAUUCAAACCAGAACACCAUGGACCCCUGAGGAGGAUAGCCUCUUACAGCAAGGGUAUGAGCAAGGUCUGUCCUGGGCCAUGAUCUCUGCCACGUACUUGCCUCACCGAUCUCGAGGCUGUUGCUGGGGACGAUUUAAAACUCUACAAAGUAAAAAUGUCAUUGAAGUACAUAAUCACAGAAUAUGUCGAAGGCCUUGGAAAGUGACAACUACAUCAAAAUGUCAUUAG